AUGAGCAGCUCCUCUAAAGGCGCGCAGAAGCCGCGGCCGAAGCGCAAGUCGCUCGCUGAAGACUACAACGGGUCCAUCGGCGAGGACCUCCUCGAGUACAUGGCGACAGACGAGGCAGCUGGUGGCGUCCAGCAGUCGGCGGACAGCGUCGGCGCCUCGAGUAACUUGUCCCGGCGGAUCCAGAACCGGCUCCAGAAGCUCAACGAGGUGGCGCAGCAAACCGCAGGCGGCGAAGGUUCGGCGGCUGGUGCGGCGGCUGGUGCUGGCUACUAUGACUUUUCCACGCUCGAGCUCAAGCCGGACCACGACGCGCGGCCGGUCUGGGUCUGUCCGAACGGCCGCCUGUUCCUCGAGGCCUUUUCGCCCAUUUACAAGCAAGCGUACGACUUCCUGGUCGCCAUUGCCGAGCCCGUGUCCCGCCCCGAGUUCGUGCACGAGUACAAGCUCACGCCGUACUCGCUGUAUGCCGCCGUGUCGGUCGCUAUUGAGACGGAGAGCAUCUUGAAAGUCCUGGAGCGACUGGCGAAGAACCGAGUGCCGCCGGGCAUUGUGGCGUUCAUUCAGGAGUGCACGCUCAGCUAUGGCAAGGCGAAGCUCGUGCUGCACCACAAUGAGUUCUACGUCGAGAGUCUGUACCCGGACGUGCUGCGGAAGUUGCUCGAACAUGAGCACAUUCGAGCGGCGCGGGUGAAGGAGGCGACCGAAGCUGUGGCGCCUGGGGCGAGUCAAGCAGAAGCUGCGAGUGAGUUUAUCCAGAAGGACGUUUCUGCAGAAGACCAGGCGAAUCUGCAGUACCAGAAGCUGCUGAACGAAGACUACACGAUGGCUGAUGACCAAGAGUCGGACAAAACAAUGGGCGCGCAGCAAAAGACGGUGCGCACAGUGUCGUUCAAGAUCCGGAAGAAGAUGGUGGAGCAAGUCAAGCGGGCCUGUCUGGAUUUGGACUACCCGCUCAUGGAAGAGUACGAUUUUCGUAAUGAUAAGAUGAUUCCAGACCUGGAGAUGGACCUAAAGCCGUCGACGCGCAUUCGUGAGUACCAGGAAAAGUCACUGAGCAAGAUGUUUGGUAACGGCCGGGCUCGAUCGGGUAUCAUUGUGCUGCCGUGCGGUGCAGGCAAGACACUUACGGGCGUCACAGCUGCUUCUACGAUCAAGAAGUCGUGUCUGUGCCUUUGUACGUCAGCUGUGUCUGUCGAACAGUGGACCGCACAGUUUAAGAUGUGGACAAACAUCUCGGAAAAGAAGAUUGCACGCUUCACCUCAGUUGCGAAGGACUAUAUCGAUCCUGACUCUGGAGUGAUUGUGACGACCUACACGAUGGUUGCUUUCGGCGGACGUCGCGCUCGCGCGUCAGAAGAGGUUAUGCAACUCAUUCAGGGUCGUGAGUGGGGAUGCAUUUUGCUGGAUGAGGUGCAUGUCGUGCCCGCUAAGAUGUUCCGCAAGGUUAUUGGCUCGAUUGCGUGUCAUUGCAAACUUGGCUUAACGGCCACCCUCGUGCGCGAGGACGAUCUGAUCGGCGACUUGAAUUUCCUGAUCGGCCCAAAGUUGUACGAAGCCAACUGGAUGGAUUUGACGCAAAGCGGGUUCCUAGCGAACGUAUCAUGCGUAGAAGUGUGGUGCCCCAUGGCUGGAGAAUUCUACCGCGAAUACCUGCGGGAGACAAAAAGUGCACGCAAGCGCGCGCUCCUCUAUGUUGCAAACCCGAACAAGUUCACUGCCGCCGAGUUCCUCAUCCAGUAUCACGAAGAGCGCGGUGACAAGAUAUUGCUCUUUUCCGACGAUGUGUUCGCGCUACGCCUCUACGCGACGAAGCUCAAUAAAGGCUACAUCUACGGUGGUACCGGAGAGCGUGAGCGCAUGCGUCUGUUGCAGUCUUUCCGAAGUUCGCCUCUGGUUAACGUCAUUUGCAUCUCGAAGGUUGGCGACACAUCCAUUGAUUUGCCAGAGGCAAAUGUGAUCAUACAAGUGUCGUCGCACUUUGGCUCGCGGCGACAGGAAGCACAACGCCUAGGGCGUAUUUUACGUCCCAAGGCCAAUGCUACCGGCGGAUUCAAUGCUUUCUUCUACACGCUCAUUUCCACGGACACGCAUGAGAUGUACUAUUCAAAUAAGCGGCAGCAGUAUCUCGUGGAUCAGGGCUACACGUUCAAGGUGGUGACUGAUCUGUUUGAACCAGGGUCAUUUGAGGGAGUGUUUACGCGAAAAGAGGAUCAGCGAGCGCUGUUAAAUGAGGUGCUUAGCGCUGAUGUCGAGAGCGCUGCCAAGGACGAGAAUGCCGCCAUCCGCGAUGACGAAGAUCUGUCGCGCCUGGAGCUCUCGGGUCUUGGUAGUAAGAAGAAGAAGAAGCUGGGGUCACUCGGGGCUCUCUCUGGUGCGGAUGGAACGAAGUACAUGGAAUACUCGGCUGGCCACGGUGCCAAGCAGCGCCACAAUCUUUUUCGUGAUCGAUACCGCUAG